GCGUGGAAGAACAAGUCUAGAGGGAGGGUAAUAGAUAAUGGUAUGUAAAUAUCUACUAUAAAAAGACAGAAGGAAGAUUAGUGUCAGUAAAGGAGCAGAAAACACCAAAGCAGUGCCCAACCACUGGAUAUUGUUGUCACGUCCAGGGAACCAGCCAUGCAGUUCUCUAUUCUGUUCUUCGUGCUGAUUUUGGCGUGCAUGUACCCAACUCUGGCUCAAGGUUCCUAUGAGACCUGCUGCCUGAAAUAUGUUGCUGGUGUCAAGAAGUCGACCAAAAGAAGGGUUGAGAGGUAUAGACUGCAGGAAACAGAUGGAGGAUGUAACAUUCGAGCUGUGGUAUUCACACUAAGGAACAAAAAAACGUUUUGUGCAAAUCCUGUUCAACCAUGGGUGCAAUGUCUGAUCACUGAGGUUAAAGAUAGAAAAGAUAACAAGAUGAAGAACUGAGUCGGAGCAAGAUGUAACUGAGACCCCAUAGCGGAGCUUGAUUUGGCAGUCUACUGAAGGCCGAAUUUUUAUAGAGGAUCAGUAUACCAGAGUGUUCCAUGGAUCAUCCAUGGAUUUGUCAGGAGGAAAUUCAACCCCAAAACAACAUCAUCGACAUUUUGCUUACAUUGAUGUAUGGCUUGUCACGUUCAGUUCAGUCUAUCUGUUAGUGUACACAUGGCCUGAAGGCGUCUCUGAUUGAUGGUAGGUUAAGUUUCCAGUAAAUGUCUAAAAAAAAAAAAAAAAUGCAUUUAACCCUGAUGUAGCCUACUGUACUUAUAAUACUGUUAUCAAACUGUGAAUAAUUGAACAAUGUGAUCGUUCUGCCUAACUGAAUGAAAGAAAAUAGAGCACAGCAGUGUCCAUAUUUUUGUAUUGUUUUGUACCUUUUCAAUAAAAUUAUAAACAGAA